UUUGUUCCAGAAAUGAUCCUCUUGACGCAUCAGUAUGAACAACAGCGACUUUUCCUUGGUCGUAGACUGGGUAAACUGGACUUACGUUAAUCUCAGCAGUAACUGGACCGAUCCAGAAAACGAGGCAUGGGAAAAAUGGACCGAACUGAUCCAGAAUCGAGCUGUUCUUGUUUCCAUGCUGCUGUUUUUUUCGUUGGGCACGGUGUUCGGGAACUCUUUGGUGGUAGCGGCCGUAGUGCGAGAGAGAUAUUUGCACACGCCAACAAACUAUUUUAUUAUGUCCUUAGCUGUAGCUGAUUGCUUAGUGGGAUUAGUAGUGAUGCCUUUUAGUGCGCUCUAUGAAGUGCUCGGACACACGUGGUUUUUUGGACCAGACUGGUGCGAUAUUUGGAGAUCACUGGAUGUUCUCUUUUCCACUGCGUCUAUUUUGAACUUGUGUGUGAUUAGUUUGGAUCGAUAUUGGGCGAUUACUGAUCCCAUCGCAUACCCAAUGCGUAUGACUCGGCUCAGAUCUGUAGUUCUAAUAGCGGCUGUUUGGAUCUGCUCCAGUGCCAUCUCCUUUCCAGCUAUACUUUGGUGGCGGGCAGUUAGGACUGAACCCAUCCCCAAAUACAAAUGCCCCUUCACUGAACAUUUGGGCUAUUUAAUAUUCUCCUCCACUAUAUCAUUUUACGUGCCGCUUUUCGUGAUGGUUUUCACAUACUACCGUAUUUAUAGAGCCGCCGUGGCGCAAACAAGAAGCUUACGACUUGGUACUAAACAAAUUCUUAUCGGAGCAGGUGAGCUUGAGCUCACCCUUAGAAUUCAUAGGGGCGGAACGUGUAAAACUCCUCAGACCGAAAACCGGAAUCUGUACAGUACUGCUGAAGAUGAACCUCUGACCGCUCUGGCAAAUAAUGGCCUUAAUAGAAUACCUUCUACCCGUUUAGGCACACACAGCAAGAACUUUUCGCUUAGUCGCAAGCUGGUGAAAUUUGCGAAGGAAAAGAAAGCUGCUAAGACUCUGGGAAUUGUAAUGGGCGUGUUCAUAGUGUGUUGGUUGCCGUUUUUUGUAGUGAACUUGCUGUCGGGGUUUUGCCUGCAGUGCAUUUGGCAUGAGAAAAUUGUCCUCGCUGUUGUAACAUGGCUUGGAUGGAUCAAUUCCAGUAUGAAUCCGGUGAUUUAUGCUUGUUGGAGUAGAGAUUUUAGAAGGGCUUUCUUGAGAAUCCUGUGUGUGUGCUGUCCGAGAUCGGUGAGACGAAAAUACCAGUCUGCCUUCAGGAGUAAACCUAGUCAGUACUUCAACUCACAUACGCAAGUGCUGGAACCCACAGCCAGUACUUGUACUUAUGCGUCCGUUGGUCAACAUGAACUUUACCCUUUAUGACGACAUAUCAAGCAUCAUCAAUCUGCCCUUCCGAUGUCUCAAGCUGGAAUGAUCACUCCAGGAAGUCCUACACAUCGAGUAGUGCAUUCCUGCACAGCAUCACCAAAUUCCAUAAGAAUAACGUAAUCACAACAGUUUAACGAUGAAGAUCAAAUAAUUCAUUCUAAGUUGUGAAUAAGCCACUGGUGUUAAUGCGAAAUGAAAUUAUUGAAAAAAGAAGCGUGCAUUCGUGUUUAACCAAAAUCUAGCAUAUGAAUAAGAUAAACAACAUGAAAAGAGUACAGAUAUUUUACUGCAACUUUUUUUCCCAGAUUUUAAACCGAAGGAAAUAGUUCAUUGAACAGUGAUGACGAAUUGUAAAUUAUUGCGAAGCUCGGUUUUUCAAGAUGGUUAAGUAUAUAUUAGUACAAAGAAAUAGAAACAUAAUUGUGUAGCAAAGAAAAUGUUUUCAAUUACUUUGGAUAAAAUAUUAUGUGAAUUAAAAAAUCCUUGAAAAACAAGUAAUCUAGCUUGCGGGGAAAAUAUUAGCAAUAUAAACAAUAAAGUGUUGAAAGAAAUGCAAAGUAAAGUUGAAAACUAACAGCAAAUGAACAGAGAAAGAAUAGAGUUCAGAAAAAACCUUACAAACUAAAUAACUGCUUGGAACGAUAUGAACAAGAUGCAAUCAAGUUGAAUGGCAUUCAUUUUUCUGAUAAUAAGAAUAAUAAAUAUAUUUUAGAGUAAGCGAUAGUGAAAUAAAAUUUAAACACAUGCGAACGAAAUGAAAAGAUAUAUUACAUCAGGAACAGUGCAUGGUAUUCUAACAUCAAACAAAAGUAUCAAGGAAAGCCGAAAUCGACAAAUAAAUAGAUUCCAACUAAAAAAACGUACAUUUUUUUCUUCUUCUUCUUCUUCAAUAACCAUUUAAUAUCUAUUUUUAUCAGCCUAAUUUCACUGUGGGUUGAAUUUUGUACGUAAAUCUGUGUUUCAACCUUUGGUUUUUAAUGUCCGACUAAUAUGUUUAUAUCCACAAUCGGUCGAGCAAAGCAAAGACAAACUGCAAACCGCAAAUACGUAAGAUCCUCAAAUGUAUGCAGAUCUAUUUAAAUUUACGCAGAAUAUUCUUUAAAUUCUUAUAUUUAUAAAAAUGUUGAUUGCCUGAUUGAUUUGCUCUAGCAACUUUAUUUGAGUUUUUAUCUCCAAAAUGCAUCUGAAAUUUAAAUUCGAAAUAAGUUCUUCGGAUAAAUGCAUUUAUUAGGAGAAAUUGCACAUUUACGUUAUUUUGUGUCAUCCAGACAUGUUGAAAAUAUCUGUACAGUUUUCUGCUCAUUUGAAAAAAGCAUGGUGUUAAAUUGUCUUAUACAAGCAGGAUCAAUGCUGACACUCAAAUUGUUCUAAAUUUUAAUGCAUGCUACUUUCGGGGAAAACAUACGCUUUUUACGUAAACUUAGGAAUACCACAGAUAAUAAAGUAUAUCGUUUAUGUUUGGCAAUGAUCUUCCUCAAUACAUUCUCAUUUCAAUUAUUUCUGAGUUAUCAGCAGGUUUUUUAAUCACAAAGUGAUAAAAAUACAUUGGCAAAUUACGCAUUAUCGUAGGUAAGCGCGUUUGUAAGAAACGCAAUUCUACUUAAAAUCUAUUUUUUUAUUAACUGCGUAUUCCUAAAGUAGAAAAUUAAAUUAGGUAACUGUGUUUAAUGUUUAAGCUAAAACAGUAUGAACAUCUUUCAUAAAAUGUUUCGAUAUAGGUAGAUAAGUAAUAUUUAUUUUUCAUUCUCAUUGAUCAAACAAAGAGUGGUCAAAAAUUACCUUGUUUAAUUGGGCGUGACACUCGUCAAAGUUUUGAUUAUUAAUGCCAUUUUCUGCGAAAACCAAAGAUUUAGAUAAACUAACCUUUAUUUUCUUAGAAGCUGUAAUGCAGGCUUCUAUCCUUAGAUAAAUUGUUCGGGGUAACCUCUCCAUCUUCCAAGCACCUGCAAUGUUUGCUCAGUAUUAGAAAUGGAAAACUGAUAUUUAAGAAAUUUGAUGAGCUAUAUUCACUGUAAAAAAGACGAUUUAAAAACCACCUAACAUUUUUAAUUAUACAUAUUACAGUAUGGUUUUAUUUGAGCCAAUCCUGGUAAGUUCGAUGUUGAGACAUCGGCUGUGAUAUUUAAGAUUUUGUCAAUAUCAUCAAUGUUCUUUUCCCGCUGAUUCUACCCUUUAUUGUAUAAACUACCUUUUUAGAAUGUGGGUAUUCUAUACUUAGUUGCUCAGUGCAAAUAUGUGUCAAGCCGGAACUUGAGCUUAAAUAUAAAUACUCUCAUUAAUCCUACCGUAAUUAAUUAAAAAAUGUGUUGACAAUCUGUGAUAUAAAUAUUGUAAAUAUAGUUCAAUAGAACAAACGUUCUUAAUAAUUGUAGAUUGAUGCAAGUUGCCAUUUCAGUAAAAAUGAUCAACUUGUUUUAGUUUUAAACGUUUUAAGACCCUAUAUAUAAAAUAGUACCUAACUGUUUCACAUUGUAAGUUUUCUUUGUAUUCGUGUCCAGAGUACGUUUCUUGAGGUGAGAAGCUCUAGACAUUACAGCCAAUUUGGACAUAAAGUUUUAAUUUUGUUAUGUAGCCUUUUUGCGUAGCUCAAGUAUGUAGGUGUUAAUAAACUAAAAUUAGUCCAAAAAUUUUCUUUUAUAAAAUUGGACUCAGCCAUUAUGUAACUGAACAUCAUGCUAACGAUUCAGUUGCUCCAAACAGUAACCGAAUAGUCAAACAAUCCAGUCCAAUUAUGUAAUGCAGUUAUUAACCAUGGUAAAAUAGCUGCUUAUUCCGGUUCAACUCCCGCUUACCAGAAGUCUUUUGUAAAUAGAGCAACUACUAAAAUUUACUCAAUUUGUGUAAAUACUAAAUAAAAUUGGGAGAGUUUUGUAAAUAGCUGUUUUAAUUAAACAUUGAAAUGUUGUUAAGUUCUUCAUAUAACCAAUCAGAGAAUUAUACGGUAUUGUUUCAAUAUUAAAGCUUUCAGCUAAGCGGCAGUUGAGCUUAUUUACCUAAUUAAGAAGUCUCUAAAUCAAUUGACAGUGACCGAUUGUAAAUCGUUGUGUUGUGUUGUUUGGUUCAAUUAUAAACUUAAUGUUGUCAAUUUUUAAAUAAAGACAUUCAAGUAA